AUCACCUGACCGGAAGAGUCUUUUUGCCUUGGCAACCCGGAACUUCCAGAAAGAUAGUUGGAGGCGAAAUGGGUUGCGAUGGAGGAACCAUCCCGAAACGGCACGAGCUGGUGAAGGGCCCUCGUAAGGUGGAGAAGGUUGACAAAAAUGCAGAAUUAGUAGCCCAAUGGUACUAUUGCACUCUAAGUCAAGAAAAAUUAAGCAGACCUAUAGUAGCUUGUGAACUUGGCAGGCUGUACAACAAAGAUGCAGUCAUUGAAUUUUUGCUGGAUAAAUCUUCUGAUAAAGUCCUUGUGGAGGCUGCAUCCCAUAUCAAGAGUAUUAAGAAUGUCAUAGAAUUGAAUCUCUCAGACAAUCCAGCUUGGACUGGUGACAAGGGUAAUACAAAAGGGGAUAAAUAUGCUGACAUCCAAAGUGCACGUUUUAUUUGCCCUGUGGUUGGAUUGGAAAUGAAUGGAAGGCAUCGCUUUUGCUUCCUGCGCAACUGUGGGUGUGUGUUUUCUGAACGUGCUCUCAAAGAAAUUAAAAUGGAAACUUGUCACAAGCAGCUCGUAACGUCACCAAGCAAAAUCCUCAAACGGAACAAAUUGUAUAACCGAAAGAUACGCAAGUGUGGGAUCCCCUUUCAAGAUGAUGAUGUGAUUGUCCUUAAUGGCAGUAAAGAGGACGUAGAGAUGCUAAAGAAAAGAAUGGAGGAGCGAAGGCUGAAAAGUAAAGUAGGGAAGAAAUCCAAGAAAAUUAAGGCAGCAGAGACCAUUGUGAAAUCAGAAGCUGCUGAAGAUUCACAGAGUCCAUCUCAAGUAAAUACUGCAAAGGAUGCUACACAAACUGGAGAAAAGAGGAGCAUUGCCUUCUGCAAGAGUUCAGUCAAUGAAAAAGCGCCAUCUUUCUCCGAAAAAAGCAUCAAAGGUGCACCUGAACCUGUGAAGAGGCCCUCUGUAGCCAGUGGGGAGAAAUCAGAAGCGUACAAGUCUAUUUUUACUUCCCACAGUUCGGCCAAACGCUCAAAGGAAGAGUCUUCCAAUUGGAUCACACACACCGCAUACUAUUUCUGAAAUAGAAAAUUGUAUGAUUUUGAGCGUGCCCUGCUUUUUGCCAUCUGUUGCUUUCUUUUUAUAGGAGAAGCUUUUGCUAUAGGAAAUAGUGCUUUUUAAAUAACAAAACAGCUUUGAAAACAACCCAACAGUUUUGAAGAGGAGAUAAUUUAAAAAAAAGGUAGCUGAAGUUUACUUUAAGUUUUAAAGGGCAUCUACUUUGAGUAAGUACUCAUCAUAACAUGACUGCUUGAUGUCCUUUUCGAAGUGGGGAACUCUGUUUAUUUCAACUAGGGUUGUUUAAUCUGAAUAAUUAGGCUGCAUCUGAGUGCAGAGGUACAGUUGGUAUCUCGUAAGUAUUUUCUAUACAUUUACCAUAGUGGGAAAUGUCAAAAUUGUGAGUAGAAAGAUAGAUUACAUCAUCCUAUUCAGUUUUUGUGUAGAUUUGUAACAGAUGCCAGUUGAGACAUUUCCCCAUCCUGUGGUCCAAAUUUGACAUUAAUUUAAUAGGUCUUAAUCCUGAAGCAAAUUCAUGAACGACGUGUCCAAGAAUGUUUGUGGAGUGAUGAGGCACAAUCACACUUUUGCAGUCUUUAUUUUAGCUUGUUCAUCUUUCAUGAUGUAGCUGUUAUUGAUCUAAGAGUUCUUAUAUUGCUGAUUAUUAAAUUAUCACCUUAAUUCUGCAGUUUUUAAAAAAGAGCUAACAGUGUUUUGUAACAUUCUGACACCUUGUAUGUUCAAAUAAAACAAUAAUUGAAUAAUUUA